AUGACGCUAUCACGCCGCGAGCUGCGCGCACGGAAAGGCCGCAACGGUCGCCCAGCUUGGCAACGCCACAUGAAGGUCUUGCUGGCCGAGCUGAAUCAGUUGAAGGACGAGCAGCAGGCAUUGAAGUAUUGCUUGAUGUCUACAGGCGUUCUGACCCAGGGCGACUUGGCCCGCCUUGCGCCCAGACGAUGCCGAGCGCCGCCGAGCGCCGAACGCCGCGAGAGCCGCGCGGCGGCGCUGUGCCGAGCUCCACACGUGGUGCGAACACUGGCGCAGCUCGUGGGCAGCGAUGCCUUGCACUUCGCCGCGGCGAGUCGGGCAGCCUCGAGUGCAUGCCGCUCAGUGAUGCUGAUGUCCGAGGUUUCUCCAGGUCAAGGCGGCCAAGGCCUCUUCGGUAGGCUCUUCUCAACUGCAUCCAUCUCGCGAGGGGCCUCGCAGGCCUCGCAGGGAGCACCGGCCCAGGAGAACGAGACGACACCGGCGAGCUCGGAGGAGGCGGACGUGCCGCGCAUGAGGCUUUCGGCUAGGCUCUUCUCGCGCUUGCUGUCCUGGAAGAACUCCGAGGAAGAGAACUCGAACGUCUCCGACGUGAUGCAGCUCAAGGAGGUCUUGCGCGGCUUCGGUCGGGCGGCUGGUGCCACUGCAGCGUUCCAGCUCUCGGAGAGCUGCCGUGGCUGUAACGAGGCGCUGCGGCCGAUUUUACCUCUCAUUUCUCAAGAGGCGCCUUACAUCUACGUGUCGGGCGGCUCCUGUGGCCUGGUGGUGGACUCCGCCGAGCGCUUGAAUCCCAGAACGGGUCUGUGGGAGACGUUGCCCUCCAUGUGCAUACCUCGUCGGGCCUGUGCCACUGCGUCCACGGGUGGCAGGUUCUACGUCUUGGGUGGCGUGGACGUGCCCCGCUUCGUUGGGAGCUUCGACCUCCCAUCCUGGGCCUACGAGGCGACCGACCGUGCCUUCAUGCGAGAGGGUGCAUUGGACCACUCAACUUUGAAGUAUGUGGUGGAGGCGGUGGCCGACACCGAGUGUCGCAAGGUGCUGGAAGAGAUCCGGGCGCGGGUCAGCGACAAGGAGUGGGUGGACCCACACAACGGUGGAACCUACAGCCUGGAAUCCGGCAAUGGAGAUCUCCUCGAACUCUCCCGGCUGACCGGCAACAAGCGAUACACGGACCAGAUGACCUUUACCUUCACCCCGCAAGGAAAGACUUGUGCGAUUCACGCCUGCUCCGAGUCACAGGUCUUUUCGAUUGCUGACUUCUCGACCAACUACUGCAACCUUCGUAACCUCUAUUGUGGCUCAGAGGAGGGCUGUCAGUUCGUGCGCCAUGACUUUGUCACAGAGGAGAAGAAGAUCGAUCCCUCCUUUGGAGCGGGCACGGACAAAGCAGCUUGCAUGGGAGCUGCAGGGACCUCCAUCUUCGCCUCCCACUGGGUUACGGCGCCCACAGACUUCUGA